AUGGACGCUCAUGACGAGUCGAGCACAAACAUUUCGUCGAACGCAAACACUUCAUCGAGUGGAUAUCGGCGAUCUCACAGUCACAAGCGUUCCGACAUUUGGUCUUUCAUUCAUGACCCGAGUAAGCAUUCACAAGCUCCGGAAUCCCUUUGUCAGUUGGUGAGCCCAGUACCUUUGUACAAGUACGAGUUCGUGGAUCCUGCAGCAAGUGACUAUAGCGCUGUCCGGCGCUCGGAUCGGGAAACCAGCGUAGAACCGGGUAUCUGUUUGAUUGACGACGCCCAGGUGGCUGAAGCGGGUGUCGUUCAAGGCGUUCUUGACGACCAGAGGCCGUUCGUGGUAGAUAGUGUGUGA